AUGGCGCCGUACCCUGAGCGACCAUCUACGUGGGAGGACGUGGAAGCGGGACAGGGGAACCUCGUUACUGCCACGGUGGAGGGAGAACGAGCUGACGUGGCAGGCGACGCAGAUGACGUGGUCAACCAGAAGGCACUCGUACGUGUUUCCACAAUAGCCGACAAAGCCUCCCGCCCCCUUUUACCGCUCAUCCCCCACGUCCUCCCCGUUCCCCCUCCUCAUCCCCCACACCUUCUUUCUCCGCGGUUCGGCAUCCCUAGACCUCAGCCAAGCAGGCCAUUUUCCUACGCCUAUCGGAAGUCGAAGAGGAUGAGAGGCGGAAGGUGCGCGGAAGAGGCGCGCGCUGCUAGCAGAGGGGGCGGCGCUCAUCCUCCUCACUCUCCCCCCUUCCUGCCCCCUCUUUACCCCCUUCCCCCCUCCCACUUCUCUCCCGACACCGAGCAAGCAAUCUUCCUCCGCCUAUCCGAGAUUGAAGAGGGGGAGAGGCGGAAGGUUCGGAAGAGGCGCGCGUUGCUAGCAGGGGGGGCGGCGCUCAUCCUCUUAGCUCUCCUCAUUGCAGCAGCGGUCGCCAUCGGCGUGACAGCUAGCAAGAAAAAGUGCCAGGAAUCCGCGGACCAAUCCAGCAACGCCACGUCAGCAGACGCGAUGCUGACUCAGCAGCAGCAGGAGCAGCAGGAGGGGGAGUUGGUAGGGACGGUGCAGAUCGGGGGAAGGUGGGGGAAUGUGAGCACUGUUGUUGCAAAGCUUGACAUUCAACCCAACACCAACGGCGUGAUCUCAGCAAACGGAGGAGGCGCCACCUCAUCAUGGGAUGCUGCCACGUGGCAGCCGUCCGGCGGUGCUGUGGAGGACACGUCAGCAGUGCAGCAGCUGGCGAAUCCGGAGCUGACACCUGUCGAUGGACGAGUGUUUGGCAUGGGAGUGGAUAGCGGGACCACUGAUCCCCGGAUUGCAGCGCUUAUCAAGCCUCCGGACCUGUCAGUGCAAGGAGUCGACUUCCAAAACGGCCACCUGUCGGUUUCAGGCCCGGAUUCCUGGAGCUUCAGCCUGGAGCCGUUCAAGGAGGUCAGCCUGGAUCUGACCGCGCUGAUCAACGUCGCGGCGGUGGUGUCGAAUCCGAACCCCAUCGAAAUCAUCGCGCAGGAGGUCAACAUGGACGUCAGCUUCUACAGCGUCGACGUUGGCUACGCUAACAUCCCGGACUUCACUCUCCCUGCCAACAGCAGCGCCACCAUCACAGUCCCGUUCAACAUCGACAACUUCCCACUGCUCUCCUUUUCCGACCAGAGCCUUAUCACGGGCUCAAUCGCAAAUGGCGAGCUCGAGUUUCAGGUGGGUGAAUGGGCUGGGUAA